AUGAAGUUAUCACGGCUUCACGAUAAUCGCCAAAAACAACUCCAAGAUAGCGAGCCUCACGUGAUCGGGUUUCUCUCUGCCCCAUACCCGGACUCCGGCUCUCAGCUCCGGAAUUCCAGAUCGGACCCGGAAAAUGACUUUUGCAUUGCACCGUUUACAAUGGCCUCUUCAUCAUACCUAAUCGUGGGAGCCGGUGUCUUUGGCGUCUCAACGGCCUACCAGCUCAUCCAAAAGUACCCCAAUGCUUCUGUCACAAUUGUCGACAGAGAUCCUUACGACGGUGACAACCGCGUAGCUGCAUCUUGGGAUUGGAACAAGGUCGUUCGCGCAGACUACGAUGAUCUCCUCUACUGCCGUCUCGCUCUUGAGGCGCAAGACAUCUUCGAGUCUGAUCCUCUCUGGAUGCCUCACUUUCACAAGGCUGGUGUUUUCUGGGUCUGUCGCAGCGACUACGCUCAGGAUGUUAUCAACAACUACAAGAAGCUGGGCCGUGCUUCGGACAUCCAAGUCUACACCAUCGAGGAGGCUAAGAAGUUGUAUGGCGGUCUCUACGAGGAGGCUGACUACACUGGUGCUAAGGAGGUCCUUGUCAACAGAAACAGUGGCUGGGGAGCUGCAGGCGACUCUCUGCGCGCUGUGACACGCGAGGCUAUGAAGUUGGGUGUCAAGUACAUCGUUGCAGAUGUGGCUACGGUGCAGAUUGAGAACGACCGCGCCACAGGCAUCCAAACGGCCAAAGGCGAGAUCAUCUCGGCUGACACAGUUAUCCUGUCCACCGGAGCAUACACAGCCAAGCUUCUGGAAUACAGCGCUGCACGCCACAACCUGCCUGAUCUCCGAUCCGGUGAUCGCAUCACAGCUGCUGGUAUCACUACCGGCAUGGUCACGCUUGAUGACCAGUCAUUCGCCAAGAUGAAGGACAUGCCCGUUGGCUUCCAAGGAUAUACCUACAAACACAACUCUCCCUUCAUUGGCAGUCUGCCACCUACCAAGGAUCGAGAGAUCAAGUGGUGGGGCCGCAACAUCUUCAGCAACCACCGGGCAGUCCUCCCUGGCCGUGUCGUCUCCGCACCACCCGAUGAGAAGGACUACGCUCAAUGGAAGGUCCCCAACUCACUGAAGGAAGACAUUGACAACGCCAACCGUCUAUUCUUCGGAAGCAAGGGUGCGCACUGGAAGUACGAGAAGCAUCGCAUCUGCUGGGACGCAUUCACAUCUAGUGGAGAUUUCAUCAUCUCCCCGCACGCAGGUGCCAAGGGUCUGUACGUCGCAACAUGUGGCUCAUUCCACGGAUACAAGUUCUUCCCUGUGCUGGGCAAGUACGUGGUGCAGAUGCUCGAGGACAAGCUUGAGCCUGAGCUCAAGGAGAAGUGGGCUUGGGACAGGGAGCGGCCCGAUGCAGCUCUCAACUGCGAGUUCCCCAACUCGGAGAUGAGGGACUUGUUGGAUCCCGCUGCUAGACUGUAG